GCAAAUCCAAACAUAGAGGGAUGGUGGGCCGACCACUAUGACUGUUACUCCAGCACUUCCCGCCCCAGUCUCUGGCCUGUGGGCUCGUCCAAAGGCCGGGCGUGAUGCCCUUUGGGUGGAGGGAGGGGCCCUCGUGGUCUCUCACUUCCGGGCCCCAGCCAACAGGAACGGAAACUGCACAGCCAGUCGGCUUCCUGAGCUUCUUCCGGCGUUCUGUGUGCUGCCGUGGAAACCGUAUGGACGAAUCCAAACCUGGAGGGGCGUCGCCUCCGUAAGGCUGGUCGGCUUGUUCCGCGCGUUCCGCUUUGCUUCACUGCUUUCUCCCCCAUUCUUGGGCCCGUGGACCUGUCCUGAGGCAGAGGCCGAGAUGCGCGCAACCGCGGGAGCAGCCAAGUGGACUCGACUCUUUUCUUGACUUAGCUACCAGGAGCUAGAGAUGCUAUUAUUCUAUCGUAUGUGAGAAGUCGGCCCAGAGAUGGAAAACUUUAUUCUGUAUGAGGAGAUCGGAAGAGGAAGCAAGAGUGUUGUGUAUAAAGGGCGACGGAAGGGAACAAUCAAUUUUGUAGCCAUUCUUUGUACUGAUAAGUGCAAAAGGCCUGAAAUAACCAACUGGGUCCGUCUCACCCAUGAAAUAAAACACAAGAAUAUUGUAACUUUUCAUGAAUGGUAUGAAACAAGCAAUCACCUCUGGCUAGUGGUGGAACUCUGCACAGGUGGUUCCUUAAAAACAGUUAUUGCUCAAGAUGAAAACCUCCCAGAAGAUGUUGUGAGAGAAUUUGGGAUUGACCUGAUUAGUGGAUUACAUCAUCUUCAUAAACUUGGCAUUCUCUUUUGUGACAUUUCUCCUAGGAAGAUACUCUUGGAAGGGCCUGGCACACUGAAGUUUAGCAACUUUUGCUUGGCAAAAGUGGAAGGUGAAAAUUUGGAAGAGUUCUUUGCUUUGGUGGCAGCAGAGGAAGGAGGAGGUGAUAGCGGGGAAAAUGUCCUGAAGAAAAGCAUGAAAAGUAGAGUCAAAGGAUCUCCUGUAUAUACAGCACCAGAAGUUGUGAGGGGUGCUGACUUUUCCAUCUCCAGUGACCUCUGGUCUUUGGGCUGUCUGCUUUAUGAAAUGUUUUCAGGAAAACCUCCAUUCUUCUCAGAAAGUAUUUCAGAAUUAACUGAAAAGAUCUUAUGUGAAGAUCCUUUGCCACCUAUUCCGAAAGAUUCUUCUUGUCCUAAAGCUUCUUCAGAUUUUAUUAAUUUGCUUGAUGGGUUACUUCAAAGAGAUCCUCAAAAAAGAUUAACUUGGACAAGGCUCCUGCAGCAUUCAUUUUGGAAGAAAGCUUUUGCUGGAGCAGAUCAGGAAUCAAGCGUCGAAGAUCUCAGUCUCAGCAGAAACACGAUGGAGUGUUCUGGGCCACAAGAUUCCAAGGAGCUUUUGCAGAACUCUCAGAGUAGACAAGCAAAAGGGCACAAGAGUGGUCAACGACUAGGUCACUAUUUCAGACUAGAAAAUCCAACUGAGUUUCGGCCUAAGAGUACUCUUGAGGGUCAGUUGAAUGAAUCCAUGUUUCUUCUCAGUUCUCGUCCUACUCCCAGAACUAGCACUGCAGUGGAAGUAAGUCCUGGUGAGGAUAUGACUCACUGUUCACCACAGAAGACUUCUCCUUUGACCAAGAUUACAAGUGGACGCCUGAGUCAGCAGGACCUGGAAUCCCAAAUGAGAGAGCUUAUCUACACGGACUCAGAUCUUGUUGUCACCCCCAUUAUCGACAAUCCAAAGAUAAUGAAACAGCCACCAGUUAAAUUUGAUCCAAAAAUAUUGCAUCUACCAGCAUAUUCAGUGGAUAAGUUAUUAUUUCUGAAAGACCAAGAUUGGAAUGACUUUUUGCAACAAGUGUGCUCGCAGAUCGACUCCACUGAGAAGAGCAUGGGGGCCUCCCGAGCCAAGCUGAAUCUCCUUUGCUAUUUGUGCAUGGUGGCUGGUCACCAGGAGGUGGCCACCAGGCUCCUCCAUUCCCCCCUGUUCAAAUUGCUAAUCCAGCAUUUGCGGAUAGCCCCAAACUGGGAUAUACGGGCCAAGGUUGCUCGCGUGAUUGGUUUACUGGCUUCGCACACAACUGAGCUCCAGGAAAAUACACCUGUUGUUGAGGCAAUUGUUCUCUUAACUGAAUUAAUUAGGGAAAACUUCAGGAAUAGCAAAUUAAAACAGUGCCUUUUACCAACCCUUGGGGAGCUGAUCUAUCUUGUAGCCACCCAGGAAGAAAAAAAAAAGAACCCUAGAGAGUGCUGGGCUUUUCCCUUGGCUGCAUACACAGUGCUAAUGAGGUGUCUUCGGGAAGGGGAAGAGCGUGUUGUGAAUCACAUGGCAGCAAAAAUUAUUGAAAAUGUCUGUACCACCUUUUCUGCUCAGGCCCAGGGCUUUAUUACAGGAGAAAUCGGACCCAUUUUAUGGUACCUGUUCAGACACUCCACUGCUGAUUCUCUUAGGAUAACAGCAGUAUCGGCCUUGUGUAGAAUCACUCGCCAUUCUCCUACUGCCUUCCAGAAUGUUAUUGAAAAGGUGGGACUGAACUCAGUAAUAAACUCCCUGGCCUCUGCCAUCUGCAAAGUUCAGCAGUAUAUGUUGACCUUAUUCACUGCCAUGUUGUCCUGUGGGGUUCAUCUUCAAAGACUAAUCCAAGAAAAGGAUUUUGUCUCCACAAUUAUCCGUUUACUUGAAAGCCCCUCAACAUACAUUAGAGCAAAAGCCUUCCUGGUUCUUCUAUAUAUUUUGAUUUAUAACCGUGAGAUGUUGCUGCUCAGUUGCCAAGCAAGACUGGUGAUGUACAUCGAGAGAGACAGCAGAAAGAUCACUCCAGGCAAGGAGCAGCAAAGUGGCAAUGAAUACCUGUCCAAAUGCCUGGAUCUUCUCAUCCGUCACAUUGUGCAGGAGCUGCCACGAAUCCUGGGUGACAUUCUUAACUCCUUGGCUAAUGUUUCUGGACGUAAACACCCAUCAACAGUUCAAGUGAAACAGCUGAAGAUGUGUCUCCCCCUGAUGCCUAUAGUGCUUCACCUCGUAACUUCACAGGUAUUUCGACCUCAAGUUGUGACAGAAGAGUUUCUUUUCAGCUACGGAACUAUUCUUAGUCAUAUUAAAUCUGUAGACUCAGGAGAAACGAACAUAGAUGGAGCCAUAGGACUGACAGCAUCAGAAGAAUUUAUCAAGAUCACAUUGUCGGCUUUUGAAGCAAUAAUACAGUAUCCUAUUUUAUUGAAAGACUAUCGCUCCACGGUUGUUGAUUAUAUCCUGCCACCCUUGGUGUCCUUGGUUCAAAGCCAAAAUGUGGAGUGGAGACUCUUUAGCUUGCGGUUGCUCUCAGAAACCACAUCUCUACUCGUGAACCAGGAGUUUGGGGAUGGCAAGGAGAAGGCCAGUGUUGAUUCUGACAGCAAUCUUCUGGCUCUCAUUCGAGAUGUCUUACUUCCCCAGUAUGAGCACAUUCUUGUAGAACCUGACCCAGUACCAGCAUAUGCUCUGAAACUGCUAGUCGCGAUGACUGAACACAACCCAACUUUCACAAGACUUGUGGAAGAAAGCAAACUGAUCCCACUCAUUUUUGAAGUAACUCUGGAACAUCAGGAGAGCAUUCUGGGUAAUACCAUGCAAAGUGUGAUUGCAUUACUCAACAAUCUAGUUGCCUGCAAAGAUUCGAAUAUGAAACUACUUUAUGAGCAAGGACUUGUCAGUCACAUCUGUAACCUGCUCACUGAAACUGCCACACUGUGCUUGGAUGUGGACAAUAAAAACAACAAUGAGAUGGCAGCUGCACUGCUCUUUUCCCUGCUUGAUAUUUUGCACAGCAUGCUGACCUAUACCUCCGGUAUUGUACGGCUGGCUUUGCAGACCCAGAAGUCUGGCUCAGGAGAGGACAUUCAGGCUGCAGAAGACCUGCUGCUGCUCAACAGACCUCUGACAGACCUGAUUAGCCUGCUCAUUCCACUGCUUCCUAAUGAAGAUCCUGAGAUUUUUGACGUUUCAUCCAAAUGCCUGUCUAUACUGGUUCAGCUGUAUGGAGGGGAAAACCCAGACAGCCUCUCUCCUGAAAAUGUGGAAAUUUUUGCUCAUUUGCUGACAUCCAAGGAGGACCCAAAGGAGCAGAAGCUUCUGUUAAGGAUUCUCAGAAGAAUGAUCACCUCCAAUGAGAAGCACUUGGAGAGCCUCAAGAAUGCGGGCAGCCUCCUGCGGGCUCUGGAGCGGCUGGCCCCCGGGAGUGGUUCAUUUGCCGACAGCGUGGUGGCUCCCUUGGCCCUGGAAAUCCUCCAAGCUGUUGGACGCUAGGCAAGAAAGUGCUUAGCACAAGCCCACCCUGUGGCCCCAGCCCUCGGAUGCACAAGCGAGGUCAGCUCCCAGAUACCUUUGCCACAUCCCCUCACAGCUGUAUUUGGACCUAAUAAAGUCAGCUUAACCCAGAA